AUGAACCUGGACGCAUGGCUUGAUGAGGAUGAUAACUUUGACUUGAUAAACAAGCACAAUGAAAUCCUCGAAGAAGCUGCAAAGCACGAGGGCACCGCUUUCGAGCAAGGCUCCCUCGAAAGACUUAACGAGUGGUUUGAUGGUCGCAGGAAGGAAUACGAUUACCAGAGAUGGCGCGUUGCACUUGAGGUGACGUUUGCGCCUUCCAUGUAUCAGCCAUGCGCCGCGCCUUUCGAGGACCUUAACAAAGUCAUGGUCAAAGACUUGGUUUGUGGGCAACGGAGUAUCGACUCAUACAUCCUCGUCAGAACGGUGAAUAUGGCGGCGAAGCUGUUUGCAAUGAUCGUCAUUGUGGAAGAUGAGAAUGAGAACUGUGUCAUGUUGCAGGUUUCCGUUGAUGCGUUUCACGCCCAUGAUGUCCGUUAUCUUCCGAAAGAUGCGGUCUUGAUUGUCAAGCAGCCCCGCCUGGAGUUUGUUGGGCACAAGAGAUAUGAGAUCAAUGUCCAUCAUGUCUCUGACAUCAUGUUCGUGGCUCCGACCGAUGACAUGGUCCCACUGAACUGGAGAAAGAGACGCUUCCAGGAUGCUUCGGAAUGGUCGUUGGACAAGUGGAUCGACAUGGGGGAAGCUGAGACCAGCAAGGGCGAACACGGGUUCUCAAUCGAAUGGUGCAACCAAGCCUUAAAGCGGUCACCAACCGAGGAGGACGCCAAUCUUAUCUAUGCUCUUCGUUCAAACGGAAACUAUGCGGCAUACAGAUAUGAUGCAGCACUGGCUGAUCUUGAGAAAGCUCUUGAGAUCCCAGGAUUCACCGAGGAGGUCCUGCGUCGCAAGGCAUCGGUGUUAUACAAAUCCAGAUCGUUCAAAGAGUGUAUCGAAACAUUCCACCAGCUUCUUCGAAAGUAUCCAGGCCAUCGCAACGACAUAAAGGGCUUGGCUAUGGCCUACCGACGGCUGUUUGAGCAAACACAUGGCACAUAUGACUUCCGGGCCAUGCAGGUUGGUGCGGCAACCAGCGAGACCCUUGUGUUGGACCAUGCAACAUACACGGGUCCUGUGGCUGUCAAGGAAAGCGAGAUUCAUGGAAAAGGUCUAUUCACGACCAGGGAUGUGAAACUCGGGGAGCUUCUUCUUUGCGAGAAGGCGUUCGCGUUCAUCUUCGAGGGUCUCGAUUCGAGGAAGAUUCCCGACGAAAACGCUCACAAGUUCAUUCGAGCCCGUUACCUUGACACCGCGAGGGUCAACGUCGAGACCAGGACAGUUGCUCGAGGGCCUUUGCUGGACCUAGCAACCCAGGUCAUCACCAAGAUGCAUAAGAAUCCAUCUUUGCGAUCUCAGGUCACUGAUCUUUACGCUGGCAACUUGCCCGGCUUGCAACCUGGCGAUGACAACUCGGUUAACAGCUUCCAGGUGUUGCAGGCAAUCUUGGUGAACGGCUUUGGUAGCCCAAUGACAUCCAAGACGAUUCACGCCAUCAACGUCGAUGAUAGGAGGACUUUGCAUGACUUCAGCUGCCACGGACUGUGGACCAAAGCCUCCUACAUCAACCACUCAUGCGUGGGCAACGUGCACCGCGCCUUCGUGGGCGACAUGAUGAUUGUGCGAGCCGCGCAGGAUAUCCCCGCCGGCACGGAGUGCAAGUUCUGGUACACAGUGCCAGCCAAGAACAGGGCCACCGACACCAGACCAUGGGGCUUCGAAUGCCGCUGUAUUACAUGUGUCGACGCGCGCGAGACUCCAUGGGAAGUUCGUCGGAGCCGGGGCCAGCUGCGCAAGGAGGCGUGGAGACUCAUCAACGGAAAUAAGACAAUUGAUUACGAUGAUCUCGAAGAGAAGCUCCGAUCGCUUGAGGGAACGUUUUCGAAGCCUGCGCUGGAGGUGCCGCGGUUUGCGCUCUGGGAUCUUCAGUUCGAGGCUGCGAGGAAGAUGGGGAAGAUGGGCCAUUCCAGCCAAGCGAUUUAUUGGGGACUGGAAGGUUUCAAAUCGUGUGGUUUCAUCAUUGAAGGGUAUGAGCCACGGGGAACGGAGUUGGUGAUCAAGAAAUGGGGCGUUGUGACAGAUGAGCAGGUGGAGGUGUGGGUUACCCUGUUCCUUGCUAUGGGGUGUGUUGCGCCGGAAUUGGCGCCAUCGGCAGAGAAAUACGCCCGUCAGACGUUCAUGCUGUGCGUCGGUGAGGAAGUGUCGUUUGAUCUGUUCUGUGGCUCGAAGUCCGGACGGUUCUGGCCUCUGACGGACUUCGAACUGAAAGUGAACUGGUAG